AUGUCUGAGUUAGACUUCUAUUACACAUCAGCAAUACACCAUAACACCUACCUAGCUAUCAAUGCAACAAUCCAUCCCGCCCCAUACAGCAAAAAUGUCUUCGUUAUAGGGGCUUCAAGAGGUGUUGGUAGGGCAAUAUCAAUCGCCUAUGCCACGUCUGGAGUGGCAGCUAUAGCCAUCGCAGCCAGGUCCUGUCUAGACAAUGUCGAGGAAGAGAUCAAACGGACAGCCGAAGCCGCGGGAUGCAGUGCUCCACGCGUCCCAAAGAUCCUCUUGGACGUGACGGACGAAGCGUCUGUGGCUGCUGCGGCCCUUCCAGUCAAGGGAGCCCUCGGCCGCCUGGAUGUCCUUAUAAACAACGCAGGCCACUGUGAAGAGUGGGUCGGAUUUGCCGACAGCAAGAUACAGGAUUGGUGGAUGACCUGGGAAGUUAAUGUACGCGGACCAUACCUUCUACUCGCGCGUUGCUUCCAAUGA